AUGGGCGAACGGGCCUGUAGCCAGCUGCAGAAAGCUCAUCUGACGAGUAAACCGAGAAUGUCGAACGUAGGCCACAAGCUCGUCGAUUUGUUCAUCACUCAGUUCUCGUGGACGACCCGUUCGCUUCUUUGGUGUGAUGCUAUCAGCUUGGAGAGCGUAGGAAACCUGUCUUGUCGAGACGCGAAGCAGUUCUGCGAUGAAUUUAUGCGUAUGCCCAGCAAGGCGCAGAGUGUGAAUCUGCAGCCUCUCGUUGCGAGAUAA